UAAGUGUGCGGGCUGCAUUUAUUACGUAAAUCCUCAUUUCAAACGGUUCUGAGCACAUAAUGUUUUGGACGAAGUCGAAUUAACGAUUUCGGAGCUCCAUAGAAUGUACCUCAGCUUGUUGACCAAAGAAGCUUGGCAGAAUGGUUUCAGAACAGAUGAAUGCCUUGAUGCAGCUCUUUAGCACAAGGGUUGUGUGAAAGCUACUUCCCUGCCUGCUGGGUGGCUGCCAUCCACAGGCUGAACAAGUCACCUCUGCGCCAUGGCAGCUGGGCAAAGCAGCCGUGAAAUUGAGUGCCAUGACCGCUCCCCACAGGGAGCCAUCAAUCAGGCAAUGUGCCUGCCCCUUGUCCCCUCGGUUGGGGAGGGAUUGAGCCGAACCCCUUCGGAGGCCCUCUUUGGCACGGGCCUCACCCCAGAAGGCAGCAUCUACUCCGAGAGUGCUGCCCUGCUGAAUGGGAUACUUCCACGCCUCGUAACAUUAGAGGGCAAGCCUGGCCCCGAACUGCUCAGGGAGGAGAAUGAGCUCCAGGCAUGUGCUGGUGGGAAGGGAGAUGGACCUCCCUUAUCUACAACAUUGCUGCUGGAAGGCGGUGGAGAAGGGGAUGGGAGAGGUGAAGGAGAGGAGGAAGUUGUCAUCACCAAGGAAAGACUCAGGGUUGUAGCUGUGCAGGUAUUCAUACCAUUUUUGACAGCCGGCUUUGGAACAGUAGCUGCAGGCAUUCUUCUUGACCAGGCGCAGCGCUGGCCCGCCUUUGUACAUAUUUCUGAGCUCUUCAUUUUGGUGCCUGCCCUGUUGGGGUUAAAAGGCAAUCUAGAAAUGACCCUAGCAGCCCGGCUGUCUACUCAGGCCAAUUUGGGGAACAUGGAUACAACAACUGAGCAAUGGUCCAUGGCUACUGGAAACAUGGCUCUGAUUCAGUGUCAAGCAACUGUGGUGGCGUUCCUUGCAUCCCUCUUUGCCGUGUUGAUGGGCUACGUCACCGAAAGCCGGUUCGACACCGGCAACGCACUUCUACUCUGUGCGAGCAGCAUGGUCACAGCCAGCAUUGCCAGUCUGCUCCUAGGAUCACUUAUGGUGGGCGUGGUAAUCCUCUCUCGGAAAUUCCACCUCAACCCGGACAACAUUGCCACACCCAUUGCAGCAUCGCUAGGUGACAUCACUACGCUAGCCUUGCUGGCUGGAAUCUCUAGCAUUCUCUACCAAAGAUUAGACAUAUUAUGGCUAUCUCCAUUGGUGGUUGCCAUGUUCCUAGCAUUAGUCCCACUCUGGGUAUACUUGUCACUGAAGAACCCAUACACACACGAUGUGCUGUGCACUGGCUGGGUGCCUGUCAUUUGUGCCAUGGGGAUAUCCAGUGUGGGUGGAUGUAUCUUGGAUGCAGCUGCCUACAAGUUCAUUGGGCUUGCUGUUUUUCAACCUGUGAUAAACGGUGUGGGCGGAAAUCUUGUAGCAAUUCAAUCCUGCAGGCUGUCGACACUUCUGGCCCAUAGGUCAAAGCUUGGCAGCCACCCUAGCAACGAUGCUCAAAGUUGUAUCGACCCAUGCUCUGCUUUCUGUGGGAAAAAUCCCCAUGCCAGGACAGCACGUUUGCUAAUGCUGAUGGUGCUUCCAGGCCAUCUCAUCUUUAUCUAUUCCAUCCAAUUGUUAAAUGCUGGCAACACUGUGAUCACCCCCAUUUUCUUAGCUUGUUACUUGACUGCAGCACUUUUUCAGGUUGCUCUGCUGCUGUACUUUGCUCGAUGUAUGAUCUACUGCAUGUGGUCACGCAGCAUAGAUCCAGACAAUGCAGCCAUUCCCUACCUGACUGCUCUAGGUGAUCUCUUGGGGAUUUCCCUCCUGGCCUUCUCAUUCUGGUUUCUUUAUGUAAUCGGUGAUCCCAGUGUUCAAGUGACACUUGAGAGUCACUCUGUUCAUCCCUCUGUAACUACCAUAAUAGCAACAAAUGCAACCAUUCUUCCAAAUAUGGGCAUGUAAGGUUACUCCAGCAAGUUCUCAACUAUCACAAGCACACACUCAAAUGGCCUUUUUAAGUUUAGGUGUGUGUUGUUGUUCCUUUUUUUUUUUUUUUGCUGCAUUUUAAUGUUCCUUGACAAUUGGCAGGCAGUUAUCUUGGGUUGUGCUGAUUAAUGUAUUGGGGCUGAAAGAAAAAUUUGGAACCCAUUAUGAGACUGGACAUGUGAUCAUGGUAGAGUACUUCUCAUCCUGCAUUUAUGGUGCUGUACAAACUAAUGCAUUUUCCAGCAGGGAGUUGAUUGGACAAAUCAAAAGUGUGGAGUGACCAGAAAAAUACCGUAUUACUACUAAGACUACCAAAGCAAGUGGAUGACUGUUCAUUUCAUUUAUUUGCUGGGUAUACCGCAUGUUCCUGAACUACGGUUAUUAUCCUUUAGUUUGCAUGAGUAGAGUUCAGAUUCCUUGCAUAGUAAUUGUGGACUAAGCCAACAAAGGGGAAUGACCCUGAGUACCAGUAUAUAUUGACCCUCAUGUCCUCAUAGGGAUUGACAUUGGUUCAUUAGCUUACGUCAGUAUUUUACUGCUGCAUUGUAAGAGUAGACCUUAUGAAGUUCCAUUUACUUCAACAAACAGGGCAGAUGAGACUUAGUUCCACUAAGAUUUCAUCAACAUGUUGUAUUAGCAGAGGUGAGUUCCCAGUUGUAAUGUCGAUGUAAUGCUUGUUUGGUACGCUGGACUAUUAUUGUUAAUCAUUGUCCCUUGUACUGCUCUGUUGCCCCGGUUGCAGGCUUCUUGAUUCAAGAGUUAAUAGUUCUGUUGUCUGCUGUCCUCACUUUUUUGUGAUGUUUCUAGCUAGCAAUCAGCAGACAUCAAAUAUGGUAUUUUUAAUUCCGUAUACGGGCGUAGCAGUUUCUGAAGUGAUCUUAUGCUCUGAAACCCAACAUAUUUUUUAGCGUUUAUUUAUUAGUGUUUUCGCGAGCCUUUUGCUCGCUGACUUUAGGAAUGGGGUUGCCAAAGGGUAACAGUCUAGGGUGAAGUCACUCUUUUUGAGUGUAGUGGAGCUUUUGAUGGUUAAAGGAUGCAUGCCCUUGAAAUCUGAGAUAAGUGUGUUCAAGUGGACUGACCUCAAACAUUAAUGGAAACAGAAGCAAGCUAACAACCAACCAAAAAAAAAGAACAAAAGAAUAUUUUUGUUAUUUCAGUGAAGCAGUAUAUUGUACUAUAGUACUUAGCACUUGGCAAGCUGAUAAAAAAUCUUGACAUCAUUGCGAGUAGGUAAACACUGUUUUUUUGCAGCUGUGUUGCAUAGCCAAUAUCAAUACAAUAUCAAUAUGACACAUCACAUACAUUGUUCAGCACUAUUAAGCAGCUGUGACCUGCAACGUCACAAACUUUCAGCCUGUGUCGCAGGUAAGCGCCGUGGUCUUUGCCUUAGUGUGUGAAUAAGGGCCUAGGUGCUACCUCGACACACGAAACGAGUCUUUCAAGGGAACAGCAGGAAGCUGUUUCGCAGUUUUUCUCAAGGACUGCAUCAGAAUCUGUACCGCUUCUAGGUGUUUUCUACCAGCUCUCAUGUCCGCUGUAACGUGCAUUUUCACACUUGGUAUCGCAUGGAUGUUGCCAGCAAGUGCAUUGUGCUCCACCCCCUACGUUACAUUGUUGUGUGUAGUAGCCCGUGUGAGGUGCACGCUGCACGACAUGGCAGGGCACCAUUACACUGGUCGUGUUAGCUACGCGUAAUGUUCUCACAUGGUGUUUUGUAGUUCUUGUUACGCAAAUUUUGUUGUUUUGUAUUUUACUUUACUCCAUUCUCUUGGAUGUUGCCACUGUUCUGGCUCUUAUGCUUAGGAUUACCUUCUGAAAUAAUCGUUUUUAAUCUUUCAUUGUGCUGCAUGCUGCUUAAUUACAGCAAACAUGCAAAUAUCAUGGAGCUGCAAAGCUUGCUGUGUAUGGAUUUUGUGCAUACUGUGAAUAUGCACUAUUGUUUCUUUUAAUUCCUGUAUUUUGCCAUGGUAUCACAUUAUUUGUUCUGUUGCUCCAACAAAGGGGGUGGAAAGUAUAUUUUAAGGACGUGAGUUGAAGUGUUAAAUAGUGGAACACUUUUACUGUUUCCCACUGAAAUGUUGACUUGAGCCUAGGAUGUUCAAUCUCGGUGUUUCAUGUUUCCUUAAUGACUGUUAUGUAAAAGAAAAGCAAAGGCAGAAAAAUCUUCAUUUACAAUGAAGUCUAGUCAAGCAUUAAAAUAUAGCUUAGCGGUGUACCGGCUUCUCAUGGUGUAUUUGCAGUUUGUCUUUUCAGCAAAAACUUGUGCUUUUACAUUUUAGGAUUUUUUAUUGCUUCUUGUUUAAUAUUUAACAAGAACAACCACUGCUGGCCUUUUAUUGCUUGUUUGUCAUGAAACUAACUUCUUAAUUUGUGUAGGUGUUUCAUUGCAUUUGGUAUUUUUUUAGUCCUGCUUCGCAGUGUCAAUUACGAAUUGCAAGGAACCAGGACAUAAUCAUGCUUGUGCUGUGCACAGCCCAGCCCAGGGUCAGAGUAUUUAUUUCUGUACAAUAGAGGGAACAAUAAAGUUCGCGAAAAGAAAGUUCUUCAGCGAUGCCACAUAA